AUGUUCCUUCCUGACAGGACGAUGAUGGAUCGACCUCAAUGGCAUUUGGGAUGCGGCAAGAGAGUUUUCAUCAAGGACAUCAUCCACUAUCUCCUUCCUCCAAGCGGGAAGCCUGCCAGCAUUGCGCCAUCCCUACUUAGAGUGAAGCGUGGUGUCGGCACCGAAGCCAACGGCCAUGCUAGCAACGGUGUAGAAAGCAACGGUCAUGUCGAAUCAGGGCAAAGCACCAAGCAGACGUCCCAGUACCCGUAUCCCACAGAGCCAGAGCCAGGUAAUCCCACUGUGAUGCCCAAGGAACUUCUCUCCAAGUUCCACUUUGCCUUCCUCAUCCGCGAUCCCCACUUCAGUGUCCCUUCAUACUACCGCUGUACCAUCCCUCCCCUGGACGACGUCACCGGGUUCUAUUAUUAUGAUCCGGCCGAGGCCGGGUACGACGAAACCCGUCGGACUUUCGACUACCUGCGAAGCGUCCGCCUGAUCGGGCCUCAUAUCGCGACGAAGGAGCAGGACGCGGACGAGAUCGACAACAAGCUCAGGCCCGUUCUCAACGGGGUCGGUGAGGCACACGAAUCGGCGGAGAUCUGCGUCGUCGAUGCGGACGAUAUGCUCGAGAAGCCGGGCCCAAUGAUCGAAGCGUUCUGCCGUAGCGUGGGUAUCGACUUUGACCCGUCUAUGCUUGAGUGGGACGACGAGUCCGAACAGAAGCAGGUGUGCGAAGCAUUCGAGAAGUGGAGAGGAUUUCACAACGACGCCAUCGAAUCGAGAGGGCUAACAGCCCGGAAACAUGGCCGUCCCGUGAAAACCGAAGAGGAAUUCGACGCCGAAUGGUGCAAGAAGUACGGCCCAGAGGCCGCCGCCCUAAUCCGUAAGUCUGUGGACGAAAACAUGGCGGAUUACUUGUAUCUUAAGCAGUUUGCCAUGAAAGUGGUUGUUUGCUUGUCCCUUCAAUGCCGGUGA